AUGCCUGGAAUCCAAAUCCUAAAAGGACGUAAACCUGUGAAAGCUCUCGCGUUCAACCCGAAAGGAAAGUUAGCUUGUGGAACGGUGGAAGGAAAUUUGAAAAUAUUUAAUGACUUUCAUGAACCGGAGUGUUCUGUUCCAUCAUCGGCUUCUAAUAAUCCGAAACAACCAUCCACAACAACACCAUCAUCAUCACGAGAAAUUGAUAUUAAAGGAUCCAAUCGAGGUGAUGUUACAAAAAUCAAAUUCAAUCCUUGUUGUAGUCAUCAAUUAGCUUGUAUCACCUCAAAAGGUUAUAUUCGAAUUUUUGACACGAAAAUUACAAGUUAUAAUGGAGGUGAAUCCAUUGUACAUCUCAUGGUCGGUGACACUCCUUUAAAACAUUUGGAUUGGUGUUGUAAUGGAUUGAAAAUGGUUGUGGUUGACAUUAAGAACUCAAUUUAUAUUUAUACUAUCAAACAAACUCACGCUACAAAUAUUGGAGAAAUUACCACAUCUUCUAGUCUCGUGAUUAAAGAUCGAGGAGUAUUUCCAUGCGAUAUUACAGAUAUUAAAUGGGAUAAGCAAGGAAAUACAUUGUAUAUUGCAACAGGAAUUGGAAAAAUAUUUUGUGUGAAUGAUGAAAAGGAAAAGAUUAAUGCAUUUGUGACCUUGAAAAUUAAUUCACCCUCAGUUUCUACACAACCUUCUCAGUUGUUGACUCAGAAAUCAUCAUUGGAUGCAAAAAGUUCAAACAUGAUGGACACGUCCUCAGAUGAAAUUGACUCAUCAUCGUUGAAUAAUUUCCUAACGACAGAUGCAUCUCAAUUUUUAGUGAGCAAGGGAGCUUUGACAAGUAUGGAUAUUUCGAGUGAUGAGAAAUAUCUUGUGGUUGGAUCUGAAGAUUCAGUAGUGUCAAUUUUUGAAUUUCCUGAAUUAAUAUGUGCACAUACAUUCUCAGACAUGAAUUCACUGGUUGUGUGUGUUUCAGUGAGAGCCCAAGUUGGUACGAAUCCUAACACUGCAACUUCUGCAAGCAAAUCACCAUACUCAACGAGUCAUGUGUUCUUACCUCCAGUCAUGGCGUGCUGCACAAGAAAUGAAGAAAAACGAAGCUACAUGCUGUAUGUGAUUAACUUGAUUGAUGGCACUCCUCUCAUAAAGAAAGAAGUAAGCCAAGUGACACAAAUUCAAUUACAUCCCUCUAUGAAUUACAUUGCUUACAUUCAAGAUGGAAGCACCGAAGUCAUUGUUGAAGAAUUUGCCUGCUAA